GACUUGGGCAACCAGUCCGCCAUCCAGCGGUUCGUGGUUUUGCUCCUUCUGGCCACUUCUCCGGCCACGCUACCUGCGCACUUGGCCGAUUUGGACAAGGUCAUUCUGAAGCACCCCCUGGUUGUUGCCGCAAUUAGCGCUUCUGCGGCUUAUCUUUCGGGCGACUACCUUGGCUUCCUUCGCUUCUACAAGGAAGCCGACUUCCUCUCUGCUGUGGCGGUUGCAGAGCUGGCAAACCUAGCGAGGAUGCGGCUCUUGUGGAUGAUCUCACGUGCGUACCCGCGCUCUGUGGGGGACUCCGUCUCCCUGCGGGGACUUGUGAAGCUCCUGGCCUGCCAGGAUGAAGCACACGCCCGGGCUUUCCUCAGCUUUCACGGCCUGGCAGUGGAAGAGGGAGAGCAACGCGACCGCGUGCUUUUUCCGAAGAAGGGCUGUGUGGAUGAG